UUUCAAUUAAACGAUCAGAGAAUUACUUUCCAGGGCAAUGCCUCCGUGCUGAACUCCAUCAUCCAACUCACUCUAGGUGCGCCUUCGGAGGAACCCACAUAUAUAGUUGGCCGAGCAUUAUAUCAUCAACCGAUGCACCUGUGGGAUAGUUCAACAGGGAAUGUGGCAGAUUUUGUCAGUCAGUUUACUUUCUCUAUCGAUUCCGGUAUGAAAUACUCCCAUGCUGAUGGAAUGGUUUUCUUUCUCGCUCCCAAUGGAUCACAGAUCCCUGAACGCUCAGAGGACGCUUUCUAGGCCUCACAGAUUCAAAUUUAAACUCUACCAACUCUAGUACUGCAUUUGUUGCGGUAGAGUUUGACACUUUCUAUGACCAUUCAACAAAUACAUGGGAUCCGCUCUGUAAUCAUGUCGGUAUCAAUGUAAACAGCCUGGCUUCUGUCAGUAAAACUUGUGUCUCGUGGAUGAAUGACAAGAUACUCCAUGGUCAACAACUACAUGCUCAGGUCACAUACAAUUCUACAGCAAUGAACUUGAGUUUUGUUUUUCAAGAUGACGAUGACAAUUAUACCAGCCUUUACUAUCAGCCAGUCAACCUGAGAGAGUACUUGCCAGAAUGGGUGGUCUUCGGUUUCUCAGCAACGACAGGGCAGUUGGUUGAGGCUCAUACAAUUUUCUCAUGGGAAUUCAACUCUAGUCUACAAAUCCUUGACGAUGUAAAUGGCACGACCAAUGUGACUCCCGUUGACACACCAACACGAGGGAAAAAGAGAUUUGGCUGGUAUGGUUAUAAGCUAAAGAGAAAUAGAAAUGAUCGAAGUGGAGAAGAAGAAGAAGAUGCUCCAGGAAUUGACGAAGGAUUUGAACAGUCAAGGGGACCCAAGGAGUACUCCUAUAAUGUCUUGGCCGUCGCCACUAACAACUUUGCGAAUACUCGGUUGCUUGGGGAAGGGGGUUUCGGAGGAGUCUAUGAAGGCCACCUCGCUGAUACAAAUUCCCACGUCGCCAUCAAGAAGAUCACUCCAGAGUCCAAACGAGGUGUCAAGGAGUAUGCCACCGAAGUGAAGACAAUUAGACAUCUCAGGCACAAAAAUUUGGUGGAGCUCAUCGGUUGGAGUCAUGAGAGAAACAAGUUCCUCCUUGUGUACGAGUACAUGUCUAACGGUAGCUUAGACUCUCAUUUGUUCAAAGAUAAAAUGCCGCUGCCAUGGGAAAAGAGGUACAAUAUCGCUCAAGGCAUCGCCUUAGGGCUGAAAUACUUGCACGAGGAUUUGAAACAAUGUGUUGUGCACAGGGAUAUAAAGUCUAGCAAUAUCCUACUUGAUGCACAAUUUGAGGCUAAAUUAGGCGAUUUUGGCUUGGCUCGGAUAGUCGACCAUGCCAAAGGGUCACAAACAACCCUAUUGACUGGGACCAUGGGAUAUUUGGCUCCUGAAUGUAUCUAUACAGGUAAGGCAAGCAAGGAAUCCGAUGUCUAUAGUUUUGGAGUCGUCCUCUUAGAAAUAGCAUGUGGAAGAAGAGCUAUUGAACCCAGGGCAUCGCAAGGCCAAAUUCAACUUGUGGAAUGGGUUUGGGAGCUCUAUGGAAUCGGAAAGCUAUUCAAUGCAGUAGAUCUAAAGUUAGGAGAAAAUUUCAAUGGGAGACAGAUGGAGCGCUUGAUGAUUGUAGGCCUCUGGUGUGCUCAUCCAGACCCGAAGGAACGGCCUCCCAUAAGCAAAGUGAUAACCUUUUUGAACUUCGAUGCUUCGCCACCCAUUCUCCCACCAAAUUUGCCCAUCCUGACAUAUAUCGUGCCUCCAUCUUCGAUGCUCGAACCAUUGCAUGUUUCGUCCAGCAGCUUCAGAAGAAGUGAACCACAGAGCACUCACAGUACUGAACUGUCCACAUUUACUAGCUCUUCCAAUAAGUCUUCCAAUUCAUCUUCUUCUGCAUUGCUUCAGAAUACAAUGUAAGUUCACUGUUUAUAUGGGUUCUGGAUUGCAACUUUUCGGUUCUAUGAUUUGUAAUGUCUGCAAGUGGACCUUUGGUUUCUAGUUUCUAUUUUAUCCUUAUCAUGUGAGA